GCCGGAACCGGAAGCGCGUCGGCGCCGGGCGGUGUCGGCGGCGGGGAAGGGCGCGGCUCUGCGGCCAUGGAGGCGCCGGGGAAGGGCGGCCUCGUUCUCGGCAACCUGGCCGAGGUGGUGGAGCGCGUGCUCGGCUUCCUGCCCACGAAGGCGCUGCUGCGCGCCGCCUGCGUGUGCCGGUUGUGGAGGGAGUGCGCGCGGCGGAUCCUGCGCACGCGGCAGCGCCUCGCUUGGGUGUCGGCGCUGGAGCCCGGCCCGCCCGGCGGACACGCGUUGGUGCAGGCCUUGGCGCGAGAGCUCGAGAAGGUGCACGUUCUGCCCCAGACCGUGCUCUACAUCGCCGACGCGGAGACGUUCAGCGGGCACGAGGAGUGCCACGAGCACAAGAAAGCCAGAAAAAGAAACAGUAAAGAAACAGCCCUUGCGAUUGAGAAACUGUUGCCAAAGCGAUGUCAGGUCCUUGGACUGCUCACCCCGGGGAUCGUAGUUACCCCUAUGGGUUCAAGCAGCAAUCAGCCUCAAGAAAUUGAAGAUGGUGAAGCUGGAUUUGCUCUUUUGUUUCCCAAAAUUGAUGGGGUUAAAAUCCAAACCUUCCAUUUUCCUAAAGAAGUAAAGAACAGAGUCAUUGACGAAAACAAAUUUGCCGCAGCAGGCCUGAAGAAUAAUCCAGAUCUUCGUGUGGUUCUUUUGUUUGGCUACAACUCCUGGAAGUCUGGAGCCACUCGUUUUCUUCAUCAAAUAGUCAAUCCUUUGAAUGAAAAAAGUAUCAUCCUAGCUGGGGGACAAGUGGAGAGCUUUACAUCGCUGAUCUCUGAGAAUAAUAACGCCCAGCCCAGCGAUGCCUGCGGGGUGGUCGGGCUGGCUUUCAGCGGGCCGCAGAUCCAGAGUGCCACAGUUCUGUUAGACCAGGACGUCGCUGAUGAGAGGACAGCGGAAGCCGCCAUGCAGCGCCUCAAGGCAGCAAACAUCCCCGAGUGUAACACCAUCGGCUUCAUGUUUGCGUGCGUUGGCCGAGGGUAUCGGCAUUACAAAACCAAACAGAACAUGGAGGCGGAUGCCUUUAGGAAGUUUUUUCCAAAUGUUCCCCUCUUUGGCUUUUUUGGACACGGGGAAAUAGGAUGUGACCGGAUAGUUACUGGGAAUUUCGUAUUGAGAGAGUGUAACGAUGUAAAGGACGACCUGCUUCAUGGUUACACUACUGUUAUGACUCUCAUUCAUCUUGGUUCAACUAAAGCAAACCAGGCGUGAGUGUGUUUGCAGUGCAUCGGUGAGCUGCUUCGUCCUGAAGAGCCAACGUCCUGCAGUCAGAGCACUUCCCAAAGCAUAAACACCAUUUUCCUAGCAUUAUCCAAUCCUGUAGUUGGAACAGUUGAAUGUAAUAGCUAUGAGGAAGCCUUGCCUUUUGUGUAGCCUCCUGCACGUGCUGAAAUUGCAGGGAAAUGACACUGAAUGGAGUUCUGCAGUUGAAGGAAGCCUUUCUUUUUUCUAAAAUGAGAACAGUUUGCACAAGUGGCAGUCAGAGGCCAAGCAAUCACCGUGCAGAAACAAUAUUUUGUGCUCUAUUCAUGUGUGCAAAACAGGCCAGAAGAACUACUGGCGUGUGCUGAAAUACUGGUGCAGGAAAUCCAGCAUUCCGUGGGUUUAAGAGUGAUGCACAGCCUGCCCAGACUUGGGUCCUAUUUACAGAACUGAAUCUUUUACCGGGUAAAACUCAAAGAAAUCUUUAGGAAAAAAAAACCAACCAAACAAGAAAGUGCUCAUUAAAUAAAGACAACAUUAUGCAAUUGCACCUGGCCUUCCGUUCUCAGAGAAAAAAGCUCCGAUCUGGUGAGGUGCUCUCAGCUUUGAAGCUCAACUCAAUUCAUUAUCUUGAACUGCGUUUCAGUCAUCUUAAAUAUUUGAUUUAGAACAAUACCCGAUACGUUGUGUCUGCCAGCACUCUUAGCCCUUGUGUACAAACGUUUACACAAUCAGAGUGGACUGCUUAGCGUUCCUUUUAGAUUCUCUUGUAGCACGAUCUUCCCUGUUACAAACUUUUAAAUUCACAGUACAAAAAAAAAAGACUCUCCCUGGUAUCUUUAAGAAAUUUUUUGUUUUUAAUAAGAAAUUCUGGGCCACACAAGAUCUGGUGAUGUUCGUUUUGUCUCACGCCCAACGACUUGGGCUAUUGCAUGUUUUGUGAGCUGAAGCUUUUACAUCAGUCAUCUACUUUGGGUGCUGCAGCUGAAGGUAGUGUUUCACAGUUCACAUAGGUACUUUCAUCAUGUUCUCAGCAUAGCUCAUAAUACAUCUGCUCGCUUAUAAAUUCCUUCUUCCCUUUUACUUGGCAACAGAAUGACAAGAAAGUAGGAUUUGUUUUGGACUGUUUCAUCACGCUUUGAAAUUCCUCAUUGAGCAUCUGCCCUGUUCUCAGUUUAGGAAGAGGAAAAUGCUUGGUUGUAUAUUGUACAACAGUGUGUCUUUUGCUGUCCAGGUAAGAGCCAAGGCUUCACUCGGCCACUUGCAGUCAAUGUCUGCAUGCUGUUUGGCACUGGCAGAGGCCUCAUGAGCAGAGACAGGUUUGCCUGUCCUGAGAGCAGAGCUGCUGUCACUGGGUGCAGAGCACAGGCCGUGCUUUCCCAUGGCUCUGUUGGUGGUGAUGCUUCUUAACUCAGAGACAGAGGAUGUGAACCCCAUGUGGCCUUCUUGCCAGGGACAGGAGAUCAGUAACUGUGGGUGUGACUUGGAACAGCUUUAGUUACUGCAUUUGGAAGAAAAAGUUGGCAAAUCAGUGUGCUUGAAUUGAAGCGGAGGACAGGGAGAUGUGUUUUCUCUUUUCAGUAUAACAGGAACGUCACACUUGGCCUUUCCCACCAUCUAGCACCACAUAUUUGACAGUUUCUGUAAUACAGACAGGACUUCUGUAGUAGUUGCCACGAGCUCCAUGAGUUUGGUGUAGUCACCAGCACAGCUGCUAAUGUAAGCCUGUCAACUUCAACCGACUUCUUGCUGCAGUGGAAGUAAAGGAAUUAUAAUCAACCACACAUCUGGAUCAGGAGUGCAGGCACAUCCAGAAGUGCCCAAAGCAGCAGCUCAUGAGCCUCAGCCAAGGCACGACGAUGCACAAAAAUGAGUGCAGUUUAAAGGAGCUCAUUUCUGGGAGAUGGUCUCAGCUCUAAAGUUGCUUGUGAGGGCUGCAGGCAACCACAGCAUGAAGAAGGCUCUGGUGGGGAUCCGGGAUCAUCUCCACCACUGGGGAAGAGCCCAGAGGACACCAGAACCGUGCGCUGCCCUGCCGGCAUUGCUGCACUGCCUCCCCUGGACUGUGCCAUCUCUCCCAUGUGCCAGGGCAGUGGUGUGGUACAUAAUAUUGCUACGUAUUUGAUUAAAGUGUUUUGGUAUCCAGAUUCCUUUUGCCUCCAAAUUGUCGUUUACUCUUAAGCCGUGCCAAAACUCCUGAGUGAGACCAAUGAUAUUUGCUUAGCAGCUAUCGUGUGCCACCUGUGUGGCUCAUCAGUCCCAGGACAGGGCACGUUCUGAGCUGCUACAAAGAGCUGCAGUGCAGUCAUUCAGACCUCUGUCACCCCAAAAGUGGACAAGGUUUCAUGAAUGUUUGGUAAUUGGGUCAGAUGUGGAUAGCAGUGCCUCUCACACAGCACAUGACAAGACAGAAGGACCUCUCUGAUGAUAAUUACCUGCAUGGUUACAGCGGUGGUGGUAGUUUCCUGCAAGAGUAUGUAAACCUUAAGGGACUACAACAGGAGUUUGUUUUGGUGAAGAAAAGAGGAGAACCUUCCAAAGGUCUGCAGGGAGCAGUGGGGAUUUUGCUGACUGAAGGAACUCCAGAGCUGGCAGAAAGGACUAUGAGUAGUUUGAGACAGCAGGGAAUGCAGUGAUGGAGAAAAGAAUAGGAGCUACAGCAUAAGCUCAUAUUACAGAGCCCUGAUGAUAAAGUGCCAGUGGAUGGUCAGCUACAGCUAUAUAGCCCAGAGGAAGCCUGUACAGAAAUAGGUAAGUUAAAAGCAUUCUCUUCUAAUUACACUGAAAACACGUAUAUGAAAUAGAGGUGAAUUUAGCAUUAGAAACUGGUUUUAGUGUUCAUUUGGGGAAUGAAAACAGCAGUGUCUUGGUAUUGUUGCAGGUUUUACAUCUGCAAGCUUCUUUCACACAGCCUUGGCUAGCUACAGGAAUCAUUAUUGGUGAAAGCCUUUUUGGAGUACCAAACAGAACGGAGCUGCAGCCUAUGCUUCUUCACCAAGUGGUCUUUGGCUGUUGCUGCAAAUCUGCCCUUUGAGCAUCUCCUUGUGAUUCAGAGAACAUGGUAAGGCUUGGCUUGUAUUCAUGGGGG